CUCGUUCGGCAGUUCGGCUGCGAUCGGCCUACGCAGCCGUAGCUUUCAAAGUAGUGUUUCAGGCGCGUGAACCGAUGGACUCCAAAAUGGAGGACAAUCUGAAGGCGACGGAAUGGGAUCGACACACCCUGAUGAAAGCGCGAUGGUUGGUGGGAUGUCAGGAGGCAAAGGAAGGGAUAGUUCGCAAGUCCCUCAUCCGACAAAUUGUGAUUCCAGAUGAGUGGUUGGCUGAAGACUACGAGCCUGAGAACCAAAACCGGCAUGGCAACGGCACCAAGGAACUCCGAAGUUCUCGUGGUAACGGAGCCGCGCCGGAGAAGGCCGCGGUGCCUGCGCAUCCUGCGCCUCCGCCGGCUCCCGAGCCGCAGCCGGUGGUGCCGCCUCCGGCACCCGCCAAAGCCACUGGAGGUGAUGGAAACUCUGGUCCAAAGGAUCCAAAGGCCAGGGUGAAAGCCGGCGAUGAAAACGGAUCGCCUGGCGCAAAGCACAGCGAUGGCAGCACUGGCGCUGGAAGCCCCUUCGACACCAGCAGCAACAGCAGCAAGGAAUCCAGCCCGGUGGAUGUGGCCAAGGGCCGGAGCGGUUCAAGCUCUCGCAACGUCAUCAACAUCAGCAGCUGCAUCACAGGCGACCGCGGCAAGACCAUUAGCCUCGAUGCCAGCAUCACGCAGCGAAACCGAGCUCCUACCGCCGAAGAAGAAGCGACCGCGGCGCUGUCAGCGAUGCUGGGCCUCGGAAAGCCGAAGGUGGCUUUGAAGCCAACACCACCUCCAAGGACUCAUGUGCCGUGGAGCAUGAGUUCAGCGGAUUCCUCUGGGCAAGAACAGGCUCCUCGUCCAGGCUUGAACCCCAAUGCUGCGGAAUUUCGCCCCAACAUGUGGUCGUACGACUAUGACUACGACUUCGUGCCACCUCCCCCGUGCCCAGAGGGCUCCGAGGAGGUGCCCGAGGAGGUGCCAGAAGAGCUGCCAGAGAUGAGCAACUUGUUGGGCGUCAACCUCCUGGACGAAAUCUGUGGAGGACCGGCACCGCAAGCGGCAAGGGAUGAUGAUGACGAGGCCGCUGCGGCUUGAGGCCCCGCGCGUUGCCACGUGACGCGAAAAAAACACGAAGGGCCAAGGAAAGCACCAGCGGCGCAAAAGCCGAAGCACGUGAUGUGCUUUGACCGCGGUAGAGGUUUAGCAGAAAAGGAACAGGGAAUGUUUAAACCCUGGAGCCAAGGACUUGUCAAUCUGAAUCGCC